CUCACCGGCCGCGCCAUGCCGCUCCUUCUACUAUCGCCCUACUCGUCAACCGUCCUUCCCCCCCUUCCAGGAUCUCUACCAAUCAACGCUUCCCUUACCCAGCCAGCCAUCCAGCCAGCCAGUCGAAAUCAGCUGACGACUGUUACUGCGGGCAGUUGCUACCACGGCUCCUCAAACGCAACAUUGUUCAGUGUUAGAGAAGAACUGGUAGAAAGUAGUUCUAAGAAGGGCUACUCUGCCGUUGUGUCGAGAGGGGGACGAUCAUUUGAAGCAGUCUUUGUUUAUAUUAAAGGGAAAGGAAGAAAAAUAAUAGACAGCAUGCUAAGUAGCUUGGCAAACUAUUUACUAGGAGGUAAUAUCUCCACAACACAAAAUUCGCGCAAUGCUUCCAAUAGUGAAAGUCUGGAGAAUUUCCCUGUAGUAGCUAGACUCAGUCAGGUGGAGGUCGAGGGCGACGAUUGGAUCCUCAUCGACCGCACUAUACCUUUAGUUGAGGGCGCAACGGCGCUGGAGGAGUCGUGGUAUGUUACACCACCCGCAUGUUUUACACGGGCAGGACCCGUAAAUGUAGAAACCUCACCACUCGAGGAUUUGUUAAUCGAGCACCCAAGUAUGUCUGUCUAUCGAGCGACAACAGUGUCUCCGGUCGCUCCUGAUACUCCACCGCCUACGCCAGACGCUACAGAGGAACGAGACCUCGAAGAGGAUAUUACUCCACCUGCUCGUACCUCAGAUUUAUCCACCGUUUCCUUAGAACGUAGUCUAAGAAGGAGUGAGGAUGACGAUAUAUUAUCCAGACCGGCCAUCCAUGACGGUAGACCUGCCAAUAACCGGACCAAUAGUGACAAAGUCCGAGUCAUUCAGCUUCGUUCCGCUCAAAAGGUUCUUGAGAAAAGAUCUACUCAAGCACUGAAAAGAGGUCGAUUGGAGAGGAGUAACAAACUGAGGGAAGUGUUCAGUGUAAAGGGCAAGCGGCCACGCCGUCAAGACCGUUUACGUCUUCAAAAUAGUGGCGCAAAUAAUAACCGAAAAUGCUAGUCAUUCGAUCUCAGGCCAAGGUGUACUUAAAUUUUUCCUUCUCAAGAAAAAAAAAAGAAAGAAAGAAAAAAGACAAAACGGAGAAAAAAUAAUUCGAUUUAUAUAUUAUUUGAUUUUAAUUUUUGUUAUGGUUAAUUAAUUAAUUAUUCAAGGCGAAUAUAAAAGUGGGAUUGUUCCCUUUACGUGCGAACACGUCGUGGAAAUGUAUGGACGUAUGAGAUAUUUUGAAAAUGAUGAUGUAGAUGUGUGACUGUGGUAAUCUAAGAGUUUCUCGAGUCGCUUUUAUUCACGAUGAACUUAUUAGAUAGUGUCGUCAUGCUUUUGUCCAGUUUUUAAAUCAAUUCUUUUAUCAUAUAGAUAAUGUAGAUAUCAAUAGAUAAUGUUCAAUUAGAACGAAUAUAUGUAAUAGUAUGAUUUGUUGUUUGCUUUGCAAUUGUAAAUACAAGUGAAAGGAUAACAGAGCUCCUUACUUAUUCGAAAAACGCGUAGUAAACUCUGGAAAAAGUUUUAUCGACGCGUUUCAAGUCCUGAUACUCUGAUGCUCCUGUCUACAGUUAGCCUAUAAAUUGCGUGCUCGAACAGACAGGGGUUUGUAACUUCGUUAAAAGACAAAACAUUUGUGCUUUGAAAAUGCAACACUUUCUUUAUCGAGUGUCGGAGCGCCUCUUAUGUGAUGACAUUAUAAAAAAGAAAAAAAAAAAAAAAAAAAAAAAAAGAAAAAAAAAUAGAAAAAAAAAGAAAAAAAAAGAAAAAAAAGAAAGAAAAAAGGAAAAAAAA